AUGGCUGAGGGCCUCCCGGGUAAGCUGGAGCUCUUCAAGGCGGACCUCCUCACCGAGGGUGCCUUCGACUCGGUGGUGCAGGGCUGCGAGUACGUGUUCCACACCGCCUCGCCCUUCUUCCUUGGCUCGGAGUCGGAAGGGCCAGAGGCCGUGGAGGCGAAGCUCAUCAAGCCGGCAGUGGACGGGACGAAGAACGUUCUUGGUUCCGUCGCGAAGCACAAGGCAGACAUCAAGUGUGUCGCACUGACGUCCAGCUGUGCCGCCAUCUCUGGCUUCACGGGCACUGACAAGAUCGCGCGGGAGGAUGGGAAGUUUUCUGAGGCAGAUUGGAACGAGACCUCCACCCGCGAGGCAGGAGCAUACCUGCUGUCCAAGACCUUGGCAGAGAAGGCCGCAUGGGAGAUCGCCACAAAGGAAGGAUUCAAGAUGGUCACCAUCUGCCCUUCUUUCGUCUUGGGGCCGGCCAACACCGACCGCAACGAUGGCGAGUCGAUCGGCUUCGCCUUGAAGCUACUCAAGGAGGGCAGCAUCGGACUGGUCGGCUUUCCCUGCGUCGAUGUUCGGGAUGUCGGCAAGGCCCACAUCCUCGGCUGCACCAACCCGAAGAGUGAGGGCCGGUACAUCUUGUCCUCAACCUUCGGCGUGCCCGCCUGGUGGGCCUACGAGGCGAUUGAGGGGCUUGGCCUUCCCAACCUGCAGAAGCCGGAGAAGCCGGAAGGUGCUGAGGUGACGCACACCUUCUGCAACGACAAGGUGCAGUCCACCGAGGCCCCUGGCCUGGGCAUCAAACUCACCGACUUGAAGACGACCCUGACUGACAUGCUCACAUCCAUGAAGGUCUCCCAUGCCGCACACCUUGCAUAG